CCGGUCCACAGUUUUUAACGCGCUGCAGUGGACAUUGGACAUUGUGUGAAACUCAGCGUUCAUUUUCAAAGUUGUUCAGUUACUGCAGUAGAUGAAAACUACAAUAAAGAGCCACGAGUUUAUCGUUAAACUCAUUUAUUAACCCCCGAGUGGUAUAAUAUAGUUUUUGGCACUGUUCAGCACGCUGUCAAACGGAGGAGGAGAAAUACUGUACUUUGCCAGUUCAGGUCGGUGGUGGUGGAAGUAUUCAGAUCCUCCUUAAGUAAAAGUACUAAUACACUUUAAAAAGUUCAUUAUUUCCAGCUGACGAUGGUGAAGGUGUUUCGCUGUCCGGCCCGUCAUGGCUACGCUGUGGAAGUGUCUCCAUUCAUCCCCAACAGAGUGGCCUGCGCUGCCUCCCAGUAUUAUGGGAUAGCUGGUUGUGGUACGCUCCUGGUCCUGGAUGAGACGGAGACAGGAGUUAAUCUAGUGAGAAGCUGGGAGUGGGGUGAUGGUCUGUUUGACGUGGCGUGGAGUGAAACCAACGAACAUGUCAUGGUCGCUGCGGGCGGGGAUGGCAGCCUGCAGUUGUGGGACACAGCCAAUCACAACGCUCCUCUGAGAGUGGCCAAAGAACACACUCAGGAGGUGUAUUCUGUAGACUGGAGUCAAACCCGAGCAGAGAACCUCAUCGUCUCUGGAUCGUGGGAUCACACCGCUAAAGUGUGGGACCCUACUCUCAGCCAAUCACUGACCACGCUCAGGGGCCACGAAGGGAUCAUCUAUAGCACCAUUUGGUCGCCUCACAUCCCAGGAUGCUUCGUUUCAGCCUCAGGUGACGGGACGCUCAGAGUUUGGGAUGUGAAGGCCGCUGCGUGUCGAUUGGCUGUCCCUGCGCACAAGGCUGAGAUCCUUAGCUGUGAUUGGUGUAAAUAUGACCAGAAUAUUGUGGCCACAGGCUCAGUCGACUGCAGCGUGUGUGUGUGGGACCUCAGGAACGUCCGACAGCCUGUCAGUCAACUGCAAGGCCACACCUACGCCAUCCGCAGAGUCAAGUUUUCUCCGUUCAGUAAGACUUUGUUGGCCUCCUGCUCGUAUGACUUCACUGUCAGGUUCUGGGAUUACAGUCGGAACCAGCCUCUUCUGGACACUGUGGAACAUCACUCAGAGUUUGUCUGUGGUCUAGACUUUAACCUGCACGUCCCCAACCAGGUGGUGGACUGUUCCUGGGAUGAGACGGUGAAGAUCUACACACCUGCCUGUCUGUCUGCUGGAGCACACAGUACAGCACCAUAGGACACACACGGACAAGUGCUGCUAUACUUCUGAGGACCUUAUAUUGAGUUCCAUUCAAUGUGGCCUUGGAACCACCCCCCCUCUUCUAAAUUAUUUCUUAGAGCAUACAGUAAACCCACACACACACACACACACACACCACCGUAAAACCACCACCUGCCUUUUCUGAAGUUUUGUCCGCAGUUUCACUGGAGUCACUUGGUAUUUGUCUAUAAUCAGAGCUUCCUGCAGCGUUUUAUAACAGCGCCCCUCCUGAGACAAGGACCCGUCCCAUUAACAUAAAAUAAAGUUACAUUGUUAUUAAAGUAGUAAGUUAGAGAAGUAGUAGUAGUAAGUGAUCGCCUGAUUGAUAACGUUGUAUGUUUGCAUCCUUGUAAUUAAUCAGUGCAGCACACCACAAAACGAAACUCCUCUGAGCUCCAGCUCAAAAGAAAAAAACUUUGCAUCAACCCUCAUCAAAUUUCUAAUUUCUAAUAUAUUUUACCUGAAAGACCUUUCACAAACAUCUCCAUCCUUUUCUACAAUGAACCUAAGAUCUGUACUCAGCCCCCACUGAUAACUCCCCGAUCCCCAACCAUAACUCCUACCCGCCAACGUACAGACCUUAGCCUAGUCCUAACUCUAACCCUAAACCUGAGACCAAGUCUAAACCCUGAAAUUGAGUUUUACUUGUGUUGUCCCCAGAUAGAGUCCUCACAAAGUUAUAAAUACAUACAGCCACACACACUCGUUGGGAAAGUUCCAUUGAAAUGCACUUUAAUUUAAUUUCCAUGCUGAAAUCUCUUCUUUAUUUUCUUUUAAAGCUCGCUUUUUAGUUAGAAUUUUAACUUAAUUUGAACUACCAAGUACAUUUGUGUACGUUUGUGUAUCAGUAAUCAUUUCAGAUGACUGUGGCGCAGCAACGCUGCCUUUGUCCUCUAAAAUUCCUGUUUGAAAAAUAAAGUAUCUAAACAAUUUUAUUUCAUUCAAUGCAGAAAAACAAUAUCAAGCAACCUUCAUGUUUCAGGCUGUGGAAACAAGUUGUGUUGACUUUGUUGUGAAUGAACAACUUAAAUCAGGAUGCUUUACAGGAAGUGUGAUCCAUAAUGUCCAUGUCAGUGUCUCUUUCUCCUUUAUCUCGGAGACGUUCUGUUAAACUCGAAAGAAAAUGCCAGCUGUGACUAAUCGCUUAAAUGUCAUCAGCGUAGAUAAGGUUGCCACUGAUGUCAUUGAUGAUGAUCUGUUUGUGCAGUGCCUUCAAUAAAGAUGGAAAUAUCACAUGA